AUGAAUGUAACUGCAAAUAUGUUGCGUUUGAUUUCCGUCCUGCUUAUUUUCACUGUGUGUUUGCGUCCAUCCAGUACUCAACAGUUAGUGUUUGUAUCUUUUGUGGAUACCAUCCUUGAAGUAGAAGAACUCCCAGAUCAACAGGUGGCAAUUAAAGUCCUACAAUCGGGCUAUACUGUCGACUCUGUUACAGCAGUGAUAUCAAUACUGUACCAAAUUGGACCUGAUGAUUUUAUGAGCAGUACUGGUUCAUGGGCGGUAACUUUCCCACCAAAUAUUUUAAAUCCUGUCGUCACAGCAACCAUAACUAUCCUGGAUGAUGAUAUUCCUGAAACUGAUGAGUUGUUUAUUCUGCAGCUCAGUAUCGUCACACCUUCAGACCAAACCCCAUUAGCGCAAGUUGGUACGCCUGCACAAGCACAGUUGACCAUCAAAGCUAAUGAUGAUGCAUUUGGGAUUAUUCAAUUCGCUUCUUUAACACCAAUUGUUGUGAAUGAAGCUGUUGAUUCUAAUACAAAUGUUCAUGUUAUGGUUCGGAGAAAUCGUGGAUUGCACGGUAAUGUCACAGUGUACUAUGAGGUGAUCAACGGUCCUAACCCGGCAGAAGAUGACAUCACUCCAUCUCAAGGUACAGUCACAAUAACAGACCAAAAUGAUGUGUCUUUAUUCACAUUAGAAAUCAUAGCUGAAGAGGUGCCUGAGAACGAUGAGACUUUUGUUAUUCGUUUAAGUUCAGUGACAGGGGGCGCGACCAUUAAUGACCAAGCCGAUUCGAUACAGCUGACAGUACUAGCCAAUGAUAGUCCGAUAAGAUUUGCCCAAGCUGAAUACUACGUUGAGGAGACUGUAAAUCAAGUUACGCUGGAGGUGUACAGGGGAUUAUCUGCUGACGGGUCAAGUCUACUUGGACCUGACACUGGAGAUGUAACUGUUCAAUAUACUGUGAACCCCAAUACAGCAGUAUUUGGACAAGAUUACACUGUUGCACCACUGAGUGGAUUUCUGGGAUUUCGUGACGGUGAUCACAACGUACAAUUCAGUAUCAACAUUGUUAACGACGCACUUCCGGAGAUACAGGAAGAAUUCUACGUUAGUUUAAGCCAGCAGUCUUUAUCGGCCGUCAUUGCUGACCCCGGGGUUGCCAGGAUUAUAAUUCUACCCAAUGACGAUCCAAAUGGUGCAUUGACGCUAACAUCUACAGUUCUGGGACAGAUACCAUCCACCAUUUUGAACGAGGAUACCCAGGCUACUUCAGACUUCUUUGUAGUUGAAAGACUUGGUGGAAAUUUCGGAGAGGUUUCAAUCGCGUACUUAAUAGAACGUAAUGAUUCCAAUACUGAUCCUGUUGAGGCUGAUCUGUAUCCUGCAAGUGGUGUUGUUACACUUGCCGAUGGGGUGAGAUCAACCCCGAUUAUUAUCAUGUUACUUCAAGAUAGCGAACCUGAACCGGCCGAAAAAUACACCAUAGAGAUAUUGCCCGAAACUGUUACUGGUGGUGCCAAGGUCGAAGGGGUCAUCACAGGAUCAUUCAUAAUCCAAGACAGUGAUGACAUUUAUGGUGUCGUUCAAUUCUCAUCAGAUACCGAACAGAAGAUUCUUACAUCAACUUCACCUCGUAAAUUACAACUUACUUUGACACGAGCUAUUAGCCUUGAUGGAGACGUCCUCGUUAAUUUUGUAGCAGUGUAUAAUCUUCCUGUGGAUGCUGAACCAUCUGAUCAAGACGUGUUGCUACUACCUGACCCAAUGUCAACAGUGUUUCCUGCUGACACAAGUACCCAUCGACUUGAAAUUUUGAUAGUAGAUGAUGCGUUUCUGCACAUUGGAGCAGAGUUCCAGAUUCAGUUGACGUCAGCGGUAUUACUUGGUGUGGAAACGAUCAUACCGACAGUCAGCCCUAGAUUAGGGGAUAAAAACAUGGUUCUUCUGACUGUCACAAAUGAUUUUGCAAAUGGUGAGAUUGGAUUCAAUGAAGCUAACUUACAAAGAGUGGUUAACGAACCACCAGGAUUUGUACCACUAGAGGUUGUUCUUCCCCUGAGCAGAGAAGGGAUAUCUGGAGAUGCAACCGUGUAUUGGCAUUCUACAGGGACGCCUCAAGACAUUGAACCAUUAAACGGAACAGUUUACUUUCCAGCAGGUGUUUCGUCUGCUUCGCUGUCGGUACAUGUCGUGGUUGAUGACAUUCCUGAGACUGAUGAAACAGUAAUUAUUACUCUAGAUAACAUUGAACCUUCCAGUCAACGACUUAGAUCUGGUUUUGAAACUGCUGAGAUCACAAUCCUGGAGAAUGAUAAUCCUGGUGGUGUGUUUGAGUUCUCCUCUGUGACAUCUGGUCCAUACACCGUGCAGGAAGCCGGACAACCCAUACAGAUUAGUGUGGUUAGAACUGGUGGCAACCUGGUUGAAAGAAGCGUUAUGUACUGGGUGGUUAACGGCGCUGAUGAAUUUCUCGGCGUACCUGAGGUGCUUGUGUUCCAACCUGGCGAGAGUGUCAAGAAUUUCACUUUGGUUGCCGCUCCAGAUGGAGUGCCAGAGCUUGAAGAGAUGUUCCAGUUGAAGUUAUCCAGUCAUGGUACUCCAGCUAGCAACGUAGGCGGACACAAUAGCAUAACAAUCUUUGUUGAAGUAAAUGACGAUCCAAACGGAGUGUUCCAGUUUGUAGAGAACCCAAUGAUCCGUAAUCUGGAUGAGAGUAAAGACAGUACCAUACAGACAGCAACGUUCGCUGUUGUAAGAGCCAUGGGAAAUUUCUAUGAGGCCAAUGUGUCCUGGGAGCUUACUCCAAUCGGUGGACAAUUUGACGUUUUGCCGACAUCAGGAGUACUUCACUACGCUGAUGGUCAAAACAUGAAUGUCAUUGAGUUAACUGCUUUGGAUGAUGAGGUGCCAGAACAACCAGAGACAUUUAAUAUUACAUUGAGUAAUCCCACUGGUGGAGCCAGACUAGGCCAUCCCAUAAUAGCUACAUUGAAUAUUAACAAUAAUGACGAUCCAAUCUUUUUUGAAGAACCCAUUGAUAUCAUCGUAUCGGAACCAGGUACGGCUGUCUUCACCGUUAAACGCAAUGGUACAGCUGCGUCCUUUGCUACGGUCAAGUACCGCACCAUCUCUGGAACGGCUCAGGGCAGUCAAGACUAUCCCAACAUCAUCGGAUAUUUAGAAUUCCCAAUUGGAAUAACUACACAGACUUUCAGCAUUAAUAUCUAUGAAGAUGACAUACCAGAGACUGAUGAACAGUUCACAGUGGAAUUGUAUGAACCUAUUGGGGAUAUUGUUGUGUAUGGUGCACCCAUAGCAACAGUUACCAUAGAAGCAAAUGAUGAUCCUAAUGGAAUCUUCAGUUUCGAGCCUCCUUUGUUGUUAUCUGCUCCAACAGAAGGCAUAAAUGUUGACUUCAUGAUUCAGAGAGAGCGUGGAAUGUUUGGCGUUGUUCAAGUUUACUGGCAGGUCUAUUAUAACAACACAGGCUUCGCAAUACCAGAUGGUUUGGAAUUCACAAGGACAUCAGGGUUAGUUGAAUUUGCCAACUUGCAGACAAAGAAGGAACUCAGUCUGGAAGUAGCUGCUGAUGGGAUUCCAGAAUUCCAAGAGGUCUUCUCCGUCAAGCUGGUCUAUAUAUCAGGCGGACCACCUGGUCCUGGUGGAGAACUCUCAACUACUGGAGAUUUGGAGGUUAUCUUGGUAGUAGAAGAAAAUGAUGAUCCAUAUGGUCUCUUCAUAUUUCCAUCUGGAUCAAAAGAAAGACAUGUGGCUGAAGACUACUAUCAAGGACACGAAUAUUCAACACAUACUCUGUUUAUAUUACAACGAAACAAAGGGGCCACAGGCAUGGCCCAGGUAUUAUGGGAGUUAUUUACCGAUGCCACCUCAGGAACAAUGCCAUCUUUGAAAGAUUUGAUAUUUCUCAGUUCCUAUGAGACUGGGUACAGUGUAGAAGAGAUGCCAGACAAGAGAAGACCUCACACAGGCACCAUGGUGCUUUCAUUCAAUGGUUCAACAGAUGCAUAUUUAACAGUUGCACCAGAGUACCAGCCAGACCCAGUUGACAUAAUGACAGGAUUCGCCAUAAGUGUCUGGAUACAGCCAACAUCGGAGUGUAAUGGCUUUAUAGUUGCCAAGGCAACCAGUGAUGCAGCUAAGACCUUUUAUGGGUUAAAACUUUCAUCUCUACCAUUUACCUCGCUAGAGUUUAGAUACGCAUCUCAUAUAAGCUCGUCUAACCAUGUUGUCUCAAUAAGUAUUCCUAAUAUGCGUUUAGAUGAUGGCGAUUGGCAUCUUGUCAUUCUUAACGUUAACAAUGGUAUGGCAGAGAUCUAUAUUGAUGGAGAACCUGUUGCACCAAUGUAUCUUGUAACACAACAAACAGAAGAUGGGGAAGGUAUAUUAUGGGUUGGAUCUCAUCCACCUGGUACAUCACCGUAUCAAGGACUUCUACAAGAUUUAAGAAUAUACAGCCGAAAACUAGAGCUAAAUGAAAUAUCUGAGUUAUGGGAAUAUCCAUCCAAGGAAGAUGUCACCCCAAUAUCCGGGUAUCUGACUUAUCAACCAGGUGUUCAGCAGCAAUUUAUUGAAAUUCAGUCUAUUCAAGAUAUUGAAGAAGAAGGAAACGAAGUGUUCACUCUGAAUCUGUUAUCAGUAAAGGGUGGUGCUAGGAGAUCUCCUACGGAAUCCACAGCCUUGCUAACUGUUCUUAAAAGCGACAACGCGAACGGUUUAUUCAGUUUCGAUGGACCAUGCUCAUCCAUGCAAAUUGAUGCAACAUCUACAGAAGCUAUGGUGUUUACAUGUGAUGUUGUUCGUAACCGUGGUGAUGAAGGCACAGUCGCAUUGCCCUGGGAGGUACACCAACUGAUUGGGGGAUUUCCUUUAGCAAUAGAAGAUUUUAUCAACGCUACUGGAACACUAACUUUCCCUAAUGGAAUCAGAACUGGGACUAUAACUUUAGAAGCCAGUGAUGAUGUUUUACCAGAGUUUGAAGAACACUUCCAAGUUGUGUUAGUCAGUCAACAUCCCAUGUCAGAUGAUGGAGUUACAGGAUCUACAAACACCAGUGGAGCCAGUAUUGAUCCAACAGCAGAUACAAAUGACUUAUUCAUCCCAGUAAGCGAUUCUCCACAUGGACUGUUACAGUUUUCAAAUGGGUCUCCGCCUGCUUUUAAUGAUCCUCUGAUCAUGCCUGCUACCUCACUCAUUCAGCGUAGAGUCUCUGAGUCUAUAGGUACCGUGUCACUGUUGAUAGUAAGAGCGCAGGGAUUGUCUGGUGAAAUAACAGCCGAGUGGAGGACGUUUGAUAGAACUGCGGUAUCUGCUGGUAAAAGCCCUAUCGAUUUUGUGAGUCGUGGUGGUGUUUUAACUUUUGCGGAUCAACAGAGAUAUGCAUAUGUUGACAUCCAAAUUAUUGACAAUAGUAUACCUGAACUAGACAAAAUGUUCGAAGUACAACUUUCUAAUCCUGGAGGUGGAGCGUCCAUUGCUAUUGGAUCCACAAUUCAAGUUAUUAUUGAGAAUUCAGACAAUGCGUAUGGUGUGUUCCAGUUUGCUGAUAAUUCUUUAUCUACCGUGGUCGCUGAAGAAAUUAUCGGCUACAGUACUGCGUCUUUAGAGGUUAUUCGUGCUGGGGGUGCUUUGGGAGAAGUGGUCCUUGAUUGGUCUGCUGAAGAACAUCCUCUGAGUACUGGACUCAAUGCAACUGAUGACUUACUCACAACGAAUGGUCAAGUCACGUUCGCUGUCAAUCAGUACAGUGCAAAUAUUGAAAUACAAAUACUAACAGAUACUAUUCCUGAAUUAGACGAAGUAUUCAUAGUAAUAUUGAAGAACCCAUCUAAUGGAAAACUUGGUGAAGCAUCAAAUCUUGUUGCUACAGUAACAGUAGCUGCCAAUGAUGAUCCAUUUGGUUCAUUUGUGUUCUCUUCUACGUCAAGACCUGUGGUUUCUCAAGAAGGGAAUGUUCAGGUCACAUUACAGAUAAUUCGUGAGUUUGGUAUCAUGGGUGCUGUGCGAGUAGAUUAUGCGACAUUGAAUUAUGUUGAAACUUUACCAAAUAUGCCACCAUUCAUCAGAAGAGCCAAAGAGUUUGAGGAUUUUAUUCCUAUACAGGGAUCGGUUAUAUUCAUGGAUGGUCAGACAGAAGUUAAUAUAACUAUUGAUCUUUUGGAUGAUAAUAUACCCGAAGAACAAGAGUCUGUCUUUGUUUAUAUUACUGAUGUCAAUUUGAUUAGCAAUCCACAGUCCAGUCCAGUUGAAAGAUCACCAAGAAUUGGAUCUGAUAGUAUAGGACAAAUCCAAAUUGUUGCCAAUGACAAUGCUAAUGGUGUGUUACAGCUAUCUGAAUCUACUGUAGUCGUAACAGAAGAUCACAUCGGACCAUUCAUCAAUGUUACUAGAACCGCUGGCUCAUUUGGAAUGGUAACUGUUCGUUUCCAAGCAAUCGCUAUGACAGCACAAGCCAGUAUUGAUUACAGCGUGUCUUCAUCUGAUGUCAUCCUAUUGAAUGGUGAGACGUAUAAAGCCAUUCCAGUUGAGAUCGUGAACGAUGGCAUCCCAGAAGUGGAAGAAACAUUUGAAAUUAGAUUAUUGGAUCAAAUCUUUGGUGGAGCGUCUUUAGGAUCACCAACAUCUGCUGUCAUAACAAUAUUGCCUUCUGAUGAUCCAAAUGGACGCUUUGAUUUUGCAUUUUCCAAUACUCUGGUAGAAGAACCUAAUGAAGGACAAACCAGAGCAAUCAAUAUUACAGUUGUGAGGGGAGGCGGUUCAUCCGGUGUGGUUGCCGUUGAAUGGCAAGCAACCUACAAUGGGAGGUUAGCAACAACUGACGUUUUACCGACUGGUGGUGUGUUGUACUUCUUAUCUACUAUGACGCAUGAAACAUUCAGAUUAGAGAUCCUACCAGAUGAUGUACCAGAAGAACGAGAGGAAAUCCAGUUAAAACUCUUGAGUGCAAGUAAUGGUGGUAUGGUGGGUCCCCAGUCUGAAGCCACGAUUGUCAUAGAAGCCAACGAUGACCCACAUGGUGUGAUACAGUUUGCUAACUCACAGUAUGUGGUAUUGGAAGAAGAAGGCAACACAGUGGCUAAUAUACGAGUUAAUAGAAGCCGUGGAACGUUCGGAGACUUGGAAGUCUUCUACAGUACCAAGGAAACCAGUCUUAUGAUGUCAGCCACUGCGGGCAGUGACACAGUCUUAGAUUACUACCAUUCCCCGCUAGAGGGCAGUAUAAUGGGACAGCCUAAGAACUACAUUGAUGUCAGUCAAAUGUCCUUCCCACUUGGUGAAUGCGCUGGUCGGUGUUUGCAAGAGAAAGCAUGUGCAUCUUUUGAAUUUAAAGAUGAUGUUAAUACUGACGUGGAGUGUUGGUGGUCUCUGUCUGCUGAUAGCACUUCAUUUGAUGCUUCCACAGGAUUCUCAUACUAUGUCAAAGAUAUGAAUAAGGUACAGCCAUUGUAUGAUGGCCAGGCUGCAGCUGGUGUGGACUUUGCACCAGUUAACAGUGGAUCAAUCCAGAUAUCAGAUGGGGCUAGCUUUGGAUAUGUAACUGUUGUUGUUCUCAAUGACUCUAUCCCAGAAUUGGAUGAAUCUUUCCAGGUGAAACUGGAGAGUGUCCGACUCUUAGACCUGGUACCAUUACCACAGAAUCAGCCACAACUUGGACAGCAGACUGAAGCAGAGGUGAUUAUCGGUAGUAACGAUGAUGCUAACGGCGUCUGGACAAUUUACAGUAAUAGCCCUGAUGCUACCGAAAAUGGUCAGAGUAUAGCUGUUGAAGAAAGGGAUGGCCUGUCAGUAAGUGUGGAACUUGUUAUAGAAAGAACUGGAGGUGCCAUUGGAGAUGUAUCCAUAUCAUGGCGUGUUGCCGGUGGUACUGCUUCUAACAGGCUUGACUACACAGCUGAUGGAGCCACUCUUACAUUCCCACCUAGGGAACGCAGACAAGAAAUCACUUUGAGUAUUCGUGAUGAUGUAAUUCCUGAGGUAAAUGAAACCCUGAUAGUUGAGUUAUUCAAUCCUGGUGGUGGCAGUAUACUUGGUAGAAGAGACUACGUGACUGUGACGAUACUGGCCAAUGACUACGUUGCUGGUGUUCUCAAGUUUACUGUCCUAUCAUACAUUGUCAAGGAAGGUGACAGAUUUGAAGUGACGGUGGAAAGAUCACCACCAGCAGUCGGUACAGUUGAAGUUAGUUGGAAAAUAGAAGGUGUAAACAAUCAUCUGCCACAACUUAAUUUUCAAGACAUCAAUGGAACUCUUGUGUUUGCUGAGGGUCAGUCUAUCCAAGUUAUAUCUAUCUAUACAUUGGUAGACGACACACCAGAAACCAACGAGGAAUACGUUAUAAAACUACAUGACCCCAUCACUGAAGGUGUACCACAGACUGGAGCGGCUGGUCUGGACACCCAGGGUUCAACAGCUAGCAUAACAAUUGAAGCCAGCGAUGAACCAUACGGUAUAUUUGUAUUCACGCCGGGAUCCGUUGAGCUGAAAACUGAUGAAGCUGACAAAGUAGAAGAAUUGAUUGUUGAAAGAAAGUUUGGUUCCAUUGGAUACGUUCGAAUAUUUUAUGAGAUUCGGGCUGGCAGUAUUAAUCCAUUGACGCCGUAUGAUAACAUUGCCUCGUCUAACACUGACUUCAUACCGCAUACCGGUUACAUUGACUUCACUGACGGCAUUGUAAAUCAACCUAUACAAGUACAGAUAUUGGAGGAUACAAUACCAGAGCUAGAUGAAGUAUUUCUUGUCAAUCUUACAUCUGUGAUGUUAAUGAGUACCCCAACCACUGAUACACCACCUAAACUAGGUCCUGCUGAUACAUUGGCACAAGUUACAAUUCGUGCAAACGAUGGCACUCAGGGAGUUGUACAGUUUGCUAACACCUCAGCUAGCGUAACAGUCACUGAACGCAGCAUGAACGUCACAUUGAUAGUAGAACGUAUUCAAGGUACAUACGGAACCGUCACUGUAUUCUGUUAUACCCAACCAUUAGAGGCUGACAGACAACUUGACUACAUAUUCACUGAUCAGGUGUUGACAUUCACGGAUGGAGAGAGCAUGAAGAUAAUCGUCAUGGAGAUACUGGAAGAUGACAUUCCUGAAGAUGAUGAAACGUUUGAAGUUAUCCUUGAUAAUGUUAACUAUGGUCUAGAACUUGGCACUCCUAGGAAAGCAACUGUCACCAUUCUCGCUAAUGAUGAUGCAUUUGGUGUUGUAUCCUUUGCGAGUUUUGUCAAUGUAACAAUCUAUGAACCGACAGAGACCAGUACGGCCGACAGCGUUGCUCGAUUCACUGUGGUACGGGAUCGAGGAGCAUUUAGAGAAAUUCAGGUGCCAUUCCUGGUCACUAACAUAGAUGGUGGACAGGCAGUUGUUGAUGUCACACCAGUUGAGGGGUUUAUCACAUUUGAAGCUGAUAUUGAUACAACGGUAUUAGAAAUUUCUGCUGUGUUGGAUAACGAACCCGAACUUGAUGAAAGCUUUAUGGUGACUUUACUGGAACCCACAGGAGGUUCUCAGCUUGGAUUCCCUAACACAGGAUACAUCCAGGUUGCUGACAAUGAUGCUCCUUUUGGUUUGAUGCAGAUCUAUCCUUUAGCAAUACCAGGUGGAUCAUCGGUUAAUGUGGAAGAAAAUACAAAUGUUGCAUAUUUCACUGUAUACCGGGCUAGAGGAACUCUAGGAGCUGUGACUGUCAACUGGAUGACUUCAUCUGGUUCAGCAAAGGCAAUAGUUGGUACAGACAUGACAGAACUAUCAGUUGUGCAGACCUUAUCAGGGCGUGGUAUCCGUAGUUGGCAUAGCUUUGAUAUUGGUAUGGAUCAGUAUCUAGUGCUAGUUAACGGUGGUAGAAUGGGUGUGUUGACUACUGUGGUUGGUAGUGAUGGAUCAGACUCUGACAACAUGACAUCUAAUGCCAACUCCCUGCUUUAUAAAUGGCAAGGAGAAUAUAUACCAGUACAGACUAUUGAAACUGAUGGUGCUGUGCAAGCUACUAGUACUGUAAUAGGAGGUUAUAUGUUUCUGGCUAUUGCUAACCACGGUGGACCUGGACGUUAUAGUACAUCAUCGCGAAUAUAUAGAGUUGGUGCAGACGGCACUCUCAAUGUGUUUCAGGAUAUACCCACGGAGGGUGCGAGUGAUGUCGUUUUCUUCAAAAUUGCUUCCACCACUUAUCUGGUAAUAGCAAAUGAAAUGAACAAUAAUGAACAGACAACAAUCAGUUCGCAAGUAUUUGUAUGGAGCGGGUCACAGUUUGUUCAGUCUCAGUUACUCAGCACCACUGGUGCUGUGAGUCUAACUGCAUUUACUAUCGAUGGAGAAGUGUACAUUGCUAUGGCAAGUCGGUAUGAUUCAUCACAAGCAAGUUUAGAAAUAGAUUCUGUUAUAUAUAAAUGGAAUAGUAACCGUCUUGAGGAAUAUCAGCGUAUUUCAACACAGGGAGCCACAGAUGUUGACGCAUUUACUGUCGGUUUAGACACAUAUAUUGUGUUUGCUAAUAGUAAAGCUAACGAUGGCAGUACUGACAUUGAUUCUGAAGUAUUGAAAUGGGACACCAACACUCGAAAAUUCAUCUCCCAUCAACGACUGAGUACAAACGAAGCACAAUCUGUGCAUCCGUAUGACGUUGACGGAACACAGUAUCUGACCGUCAGCAAUGCACUUGGUGAAUCUACUAUAUAUGUAUGGAGGACCUCACAGUUUGUUGCACUAGUUACAGGGCCACCUGCUUAUGAUGUAUAUCCAGUCACUGUCAGCAAAGAUCUUGAUGAAGACAUGGUGUUGUUAGCCUUGGCUAAUUUUGGAGAUGGUUUCUCGUUUUUGACGUCUCAUAUCUACACUGUUGCUAUGUUGGGAGAAGGAUCUGAUUAUGCACCAAGGUCUGGUUUGUUGUCAUUCGGACCAGGUGAAAACCAACGAAUGGUUGCCGUUUCCAUCCUAGAUGAUGAGAUUCCGGAGGAUACAGAAGAUUUUUAUGUUUCACUUAACAAUCCAACUGGGGGAGCUGAAAUAAGCAAUCAGAAUCAAGUGUUGGUGAACAUCUUAUCCAAUGACAAUGCACAUGGUGUGAUUGCAUUUGCUGAUAACUCGUUAGAUAUUCAGAUUGAAGAGUUAAGUAGUGACAAUGCAGUGGUAUUCACAGUUAAUAGAUUAUACGGUACAUCUGGAUUAGUUGUAGUGGAAUGGCAGGCAACUGGUGAUCAUAGUAGUAAUGAUAUCUCACCGACCUCAGGACAGAUUGAGUUUCCAGAUGGCAUUGCUACCGCUGCCAUAUACAUCAAUGUGUUAGCCGAUAUCACACCUGAACUUGAUGAAGUUAGUUAUAUUCAGCUGACCCAGGUCAUCACCGCAGGUACAGUGUUACCAGGUAGAGGUGCUAUUAUCAGUCGUACCCAGGACACAGGUCGAUUAACAGUGUUAGCAAAUGAUUCUCCACACGGAGUUGUCGCGUGGGAUUAUGACUCGCUGAGUAAAAGUAUAGAUGAACCAAUUCAGGACGGUUCCUCCGCAACUGUCACCCUUAAUAUGGUCAGGGAACAAGGAAGUGAAGGCAGUAUUAUCAUUACAUAUAGUACGUCUAUAGAUGUUACUGUACCAGAUCAGCAGCAAGCCAAACCUGGUGAAGACUUUGUGGACAGGCAGGAUACUGUAAGCAUGGCAGAUGGUGCCAAUGAAGCCACUGUAUUCAUCACAGUAAGAGCAGAUAGAUUUCCAGAAGGACCAGAAGUAUUUCUAGUGAAUAUCACAUCAGUAUCCUUAUUGAUGGGUACUCCUAUUGAUGGUGCCGCACCUAGCGUUAAAAUGGGACAGCACGUUGCACAAAUCACAAUUAAUGAAAACGACUAUGCAAGGGGCAUCCUGCAGUUUGAUGUUGAUGAGAAUGAUUCUGGUGAAGUGGAAGUUUAUGAAGGUGGAGGAACCAAUGGAUUAAUACAACUCACUGUCAGUAGAACAGAAGGUGCAUUUACUACAGUACAAGUCAGUUGGCAGGCGUAUAUUGGCUCAGCCACAUCAGCUGACUUUGCACCAUUGGAUGGAACCAUAUCAUUCCUAGAUGGGCAGAGAGAAGCUACUGUGGAUAUCACCAUUAUUGAUGAUGAUGAAUAUGAACUUGAUGAGACAUUCAAUGUUCGUCUGUACAACCCUACUAAUGGUGCUGUUUUGGGAAGUAAACAAUUAGUUGCUGUCAAGAUUAAAAAGAACGAUUCACCGUUUGGUUUGUUUGGUUUCACAUCAACCCAGGAAUCUGUGAUGGAAUCAGAAAAUAACAAUGACCCUAAUGGUCAGGUGACAUUUGUUGUACAGCGUACACAAUUUGAUUCAGGUACAGUCUUUGUGCAAUGGAAACUGGAAGAUGAAGCUAGCAGUGACCUUUCACCUUUGCAAGGAACUUUGACCUUUGCACCUGGGGUAACUCAGCAGUCUUUAACACUUCGAACACUACCAGACAAUAUCUUAGAAGGAGAGGAAAGAUUCUCACUAGAUAUAAUCAGUGUGUCAAAUGAUGCCGAUAUAUCGCCUGUAUAUGGGCAUGCUACUGUUGUUAUUUUACCAAACCAAGGAGCCGCUGGCAUUGUGUCAGUGCUGCCACAGUAUAGAAACAUACUUAUCAGUGAACCAACCAUUUCUUUUGAUGGAUCAGCACAAAUUUAUUUGACUCGUGGAAUUGGAAACUUUGGAAUGAUCACUGUAAAUUGGCAGCUAUCUCCAAGAGAUGAAUCAACGUUUGACCUCACAUCUGGUACAGUUGUUUUUGAAGAUCAGCAGCGGAACGCAUCAAUUUCGCUUCAGACCAAAGAUGAUUCAAUCCCUGAACUGAAACAGACUUACAGACUACAACUGGUGUCCAUCAAUGGUGGUGCUUCUAUAGAUAUCACACCAGGGGCCAAUGAAGCUGUUGUUACCAUGGUAGCAAGUGACAAUCCACAUGGGAUAUUUGAAUUUGACCGACAGCAGAUGACAGUCAGUGAAGACGAUAGACAGAUUCUUCUACAAAUUGUUCGUAAUGCUGGUCUGAUUGGUCAAGUUCAACUGAGUUACACCACUUCACCUGGCACAGCCAUCACAGGACAAGAUUUCAGCCCAUCUUCUAGAACUGUUAUAUUCAGUGAUGGCGUUGAUAUCCAAAAUGUAGAUAUUAUUAUAUUGCAAGAUGACAUUCCAGAAGCUCCUGAAGAUUUCUAUGUUAACAUAACGUCAUUAGAGUUGUUAUCAUACAGUGACAAUGAUUACAGUGAUCAUGGUGGCCUCGCACUAGACAUGCCUCCCAUAAUUGGACCUACAUCAGUCGUUACCAUAGUGAUUGACAAGAAUGAUAAUGCAGAGGGUAUUAUUGAAUUCAGUGAAGAUGACGUCAAUUUUGUUGUGACUGAAGAUAUCGGUACAGCCUCAGUUCCAGUCACUCGUAUAGGUGGCAUGUACGGUCUGGUCAGUGUGAAAUUCACAUCACAGCCGCUAACAGCAACCCCUAAUGGUGUUGACUAUGUUCUUAACGAUGGAGAAGUGGUCUUCCAAGAUGGCCAAUCAGUGGCUUACAUCAACGUUGACAUAAUUGAUGACAACAUUAAAGAGUUUGCCGAGAUGUUUGAGAUCACGCUUACGGACACUCUAGGUGGUGCUACACUUGGAAGCAGUCAUGUCGCUACGGUCACUAUCUCUAAAAGUGAUGGUCCUGAUGGUCUUGUUGGUUUUACACUUACUGAUUUGGACAGAACUAUUACAAAUCCUGACUAUCCCAGACAAGUUACGUUUACAAUUCAAAGAACUGGUGGGUUGGAUCAGUACCUUGCUCAAGCAGAGGUGAAAUGGAGAAUUCUUGGUCCAAACACUGACAUUGUUCUGGAUACCACAGAAGAUAUCGCUACUCCAGCUGGCCAACUACAAGGGUCUGUGAGUUUCUUUAACGGGGAACGAGGAUCAAGGACUUUCACGUUGAUAGCAAAACCCUAUCCAGGCCCCGAACAACAAGAAAUAUUUACUGUAGAGAUAUAUCAGAUUAUUGGUGCUGGAGAAUUGAGUACUACAGCUGACAAAGCAGUCCUUACGAUUAUGAAACAUGGUGAUCCUAAUGGAGUAGUCAUGUUUGCGGGCGAAGCACUCCAACCACGAAACUUUGACGAACCAAAUAAUGCCGCUGGUCCAAUGACUGUCAGCUACCCGAUACGACGAAGGGAAGGUGUCAUAGGAGAUAUCAAUGUUAACUGGGAGAUAAAGUCAUUAAAUGAUGAGCCUGUUGCAUCAGAUUGUGAUCCCUCAUCGGGAAUUGUUCUUAUUCCGAAUGCUGAGGCUAAUUCCCAGAUAUACUUUACUUUACUUCCUGAUGAUAUUCCUGAAAUUAAAGAAGAAUUUCAAGUUGUCCUAGUCUCAUCAGAUGGAGGAGCUGAGAUUGAUCCCGCUGUGAAUGUGUCCACGUUCUACAUCUUAGCCAAUGAUGACCCACAUGGAGUUUUCAGUGUACGCAGCGAAGACCAGACUGUCGUUGUUAAGUCUGAUUUGUCACGAUUUGUCAGUAUCAAUGUGACACGAUCGGCAGGAACCACUGGGGAUGUCAGGGUGGUGUUCUCACUAGAAUAUGAUAGUGCUGAACCUGGCAGACAGUAUAUCCCAAGUACUGGUGCAGUAACCUGUGUUGAAGGUGAAGCAAAUUGUAUAGAGGAAGUUCCUUUGACUUCCAAUGAUGCUUUCCUGUCAACAGGUUCAUCGUUUACAGUUACCAUUACUGAUAUUACAUACCUUUCAUCGAAUCCAACUAUUGAUCCAAGAAUUGAUAUGACAAGUGCAUCUGCUACAUUUGAGGUUCCAGAUGAAGCAGCAAACUCACUUGUUGGUUUUAAUGAAGAAACAAUGCAAGUGGAUGAUGAAACUAAUGAGGUAAUUUUAACAGUGGAAAGAAUUGGUUCCUAUGGCAACGUAAACUUUCAAUGGCAGCGUGGAUAUCCUGAUGGUGAUCUUCCAAAUGGUUUUGUAGAAGGUGACAUUUUUCCUUCAAUGGGAUCAGCUGAGUUAUUACAUGGGCAGUCACUCAAAGCUGUUGCAGUUCAGUUAUAUCCCUCGGAUAGCGCUACGGAAUUAUUCGCUGUACACAUAACAUCAGUAACCACCACAGCCAAUGGUGGUGCAUUGUUACGAGAUGGCUACAAUGUUGCACAGAUUGAUACAUACGGUGUGGUCGGAUUUGAUGAAGCAUCCAUACAACAGUCUGUUGUAGAAUCAGAUACUCAGGUGUCAAUCACCAUUGUGCGUAGAAUUGGUUGCUAUGGUAAUAUUCAAGUAAGAUAUCAAACCAUUGAUGGAACAGCACAAGGUGGCUCAGAUUACACAGUUGUUGAUUGGAUAAUACAAAUGAACCAAUUAGAGAGAACCAGAACCGUACACAUACCAAUCAAAGCGGAUGAUGUAAAUCAUCCCGAACCUGAAGUUGAGGAGUAUUUUUACGUGAAGGUAACAGAAGUAAGAAGGUUACCAUCGAGUGGACCACAGGGUUUGAGUCCUCGUAUAAGUACUUCAUUAUUUAGUUCUACGAUUACAAUUGAUGCUAGUAAUGAUCCGUACGGUGUGUUUGCGAUAGACUCUGCGCCGAUAGAAGUAACUGAAAGCAACGAUGCAGGUGCUUCUAAAGUUGUACAGAUUCCAGUACAUCGAUAUUUUGGUGCCUUCGGUACAGUCACUGUACAUGUACGUACAGUUGGGGGUGGUGAGACUGGUGUGACACCUGAAUCCUCUAACGACUCAGAUACCAUUAGUGGGGCUAUGUAUUCUGUGAUGGACGUACCACAUGCUACACAGGGUGAAGACUACGAGCCUCUUGAUACAACGAUCACAUUUGUAGAAGGAUCAGUUGAUAGUAAAAUAGAUCUCGUAAUUUUAGACGAUGAUAUUCGAGAACCAGCAGAAGUGUUCUUUGUUUACCUCAGUGAUGCAUCAGAAGGAGCUAGAAUUGCAGAUGGUGAUGUGGAUCCCAAUGAUCCAGAACAAAAACAACUGAGGGGUUAUGUAAAACUAACUAUUGCUGGUAGUGACUAUCAUAAUGGAAUCAUAGGAUUUACCGAUGAGUCUUUGACUGUUAGUGUAAGCGAAGACGAUGAUCCAGCUGUCAACCUUAUACUAGACAGAGGAGAUGCUUAUUUUGACCAGGUCACGGUGAGUUGGCAAGCCACGUACAGUGAUCCAAGUUCUUCUGAUGCAGACCUUUAUGAGCAGUUAGAUGAAGUCAGCGGUGAAACUGUGUGUAACGCUGGUGAACAACUUUGUCCGCUACUCAUAAUGCUACAACAAGAUGAUGUUCCAGAGUUUGAGAGUCAGUUUUCUGUAAUCCUGACACAGGUUGGUGAAGGUGCCACAAUUGAUACUACCCGCAAUAUGGCCAGUGUCACGAUGCUUCCAAGUGAUUACCCUUACGGUCUUGUACAGUUUUCUGUCGGAUCCAGAUUAACAAAUGUUGAUCAGAAAGCAGAGCUAGUUGGUUUGACUGUGGAGCGUGUUGGCGGUAGCACCCAGCCUGUAUCAGUAUCAUGGUCCAGUAGAGAAAUAUACAGCACUGAGAAGAUUGCAGGUGUUGUUGUUUUCCCGGCAGUUGAAGGUCAAGAUUUCAAAGACUCUACUGGUACUAUCAACUUGGAUGUCGGUGAUCGACGUGCCUCCAUUGACAUUGUUUUGACCCCGGAUACUGCAUCCAGCGAUCACUUGCCAAAGAUGUUUCAGGUCGUCCUGUUGAGCCCAACAAAUGGAGCCAGCUUAAGUGAGACAGGAUACUACUCGAACAUAACAAUAGUGCAAGACAAGACGACGGCAGAUGUGUGGGAUACAUGGGCUAGUGCCAUUACUGGGGAUCUAACAGACUCUGAAAUAGACAGAAUUUUGCGUGAAAUCAGUGCAACUGUAGCAGGUGAGAUGACCGAUGAUCAGUUGGCCGUAGUACAAGAUACACUGGAUCUCAUCAAUGAAGAAGGAGCAAUGAGACAACUUCCCUUGACUAUCCAAGAUGAUAUUAUGGAUAUAUUCUGUGACAUGUUGAAUCCUGAUAGGUCCGACACCCUGGGAGAAAGCAGUCUGGCACAGACUUUUGUUAACUUUGUCUAUACAUUAUUAACUGAAGAAGACUGUGAAAUGGAAGGACCAAGGACUUUGUCUUGUGAUUAUGCUUACGUUGAAGCAGCAAGAUGGCUACCAGUGUCGAUUAAUGGACAUCAAUUUAGGGGAAGCCAAAGAGAUUUAUUUCAGUUGCCGUCAGAUCUUCUGGUUUCUGAUUUGAAUAAUGAGGACUGUGAAGACAUUCAUUUUAUCGAAUAUUCAUCAUCCUUAUGGUUUGAUGCAAGUGAUAAACAACCAAUAUUGAAUCAAAAGGUUUUGUCAGUUGGUCUAAAAGACAGAGAAAACGAUUUCACCAAUCUACCCACACCCGUAGAGUAUCGUAUUUACACCGAUGAUUCCAGAGUCACGCCACAAGGAGCAGACUGUUUACUGUGGAAUGUAGCAGCACAGAGAUGGUUUGAUGAUGAGUGUUCGGUUCUGAGUGAUGUCAAUGACUAUGUAGAUUGUAGUUGUAAUCAUUUAUCCAACUAUGCAGCCAGAGGUGAAACUGAUAAUCUAACCGGUUAUAAUGAAUAUAUCUAUGCAUCUUGUUUUAUUUGUAUGAUGGGUUUAGCACUUGCCAUUCUAGCUCAUCAUAUAUGUUCCCUGGAAACUAUGUUUGCAGCUAAGCUACUCAUGCAUAUGUGCUUUGCAUGCAUAUCUCUACAGAUUGUCUUUGUGAUUAAUGCAUAUGUUAGUAAUCGUAUAUCUGCCAGUGGUUGUUCAGCGAUAGCUACAGUCAUGCAUUAUUUCUUCUUGGCACAGUUUUCAUGGAUGUUUGUACAGGCCAUCAAUUUGUGGAAAGUUCUUGUAAUGAAUGAUGAACACACAGAGAGAUACUAUGUAUUAUUUUUCAUGUUAGGGUGGGGUGUACCUGCCGUACUUGUUGUUAUUUACGUUGUAGUACUCUAUGCGGCCUUUGGAUGGCCAUAUAUGCUGGACCCAGCUGAUAUCAAUCCUUAUAACCCUGAGGUGAUCUAUGGUGAUGUACACCAGAAUGGUGAUAUAUGUUUCAUCCCAAAUGCUUAUGCAUCGCUGGCUGGAGUCAUAGCACCAACUUUCAUGUUCCUUUUCUUUGUGGCCGUUGUGUUCAUGCAAGCAUACCAGGUUACACCGCAAUGGAAGCAGUAUGACGAUGUGUAUGUCGGUAGAUAUAAUACAGCAGAGGUCCGAAUCUUACUGUUCUUCUGGUUUAUAAUUUUUAUGACGUGGAUAUGGGGUGGACUGCACAUGGCAUUAGGUGAACUUUGGGCACUUAUUCUGUUUUGCAUAUUCAAUAUUAUUCAGGGAUUAUAUGCAUUUAUUGUGUAUACCAUUUUACGAAAUCAACUUUGUCGACCGGCAAAAGGGCAGUAUUCUUUAAAUAACACGAUAGCAGAGUCUGUGCAGAUGGAGAAUCAGAAUUACACUCACAGCAGAUCUGUCACCAGCACUGUUGAAAAAGGUUCUAAAGGAACGCUUGGAGUGGUGCCUGUCCCGUUGACAGUUCCAAAUACAGAGAUAAACAAUUGGGAAAAGGCUUCAGGUACACACAGUCGUCAUAGCGACAUCUAUGCCGGUAAACAGCCAUCUUCACACACCAGUAAUAUCUAUGCUCCUAUGCCAUAUGCAAACAACCUAGCACCUCAAGAUGAACCUGACUCACAAGAAUUUGAUGACUUAAUCUUUGCACUGAAGACAGGGACAACUUAUAGUCCAAGUGAGGAUGAUGGCCUGUCAGAGCGUGCACGGUCGUCUCAUUUAGGAGAUGUCACCGAUGGAACACGAAGUACUGAGCAACUGGUACAAGACAUGUCAGGAGAUGCAGACGAUCAUUAUGAACUAAGAAGAAUAUCUAUUGCAGACACCCAUCUUUAACCAAGAACCCCUCAAAUGUAAUAGUUUAGUCCAGAGUUUUGUAUUGUAUAUAUAGAACAUGGACUUGCCCACUCAACAGGUGGGUGAGGCUUGUUCUUAUUUUUGUAUGAAUUUUUUGAUAUUUUGUACAGAAGAUGUUUUAACACUGCAAUAUCGAGCAAUAAUUUUUUUACGGGGAUGAGAAAGUAUAGUACUGUUUCUGAGACAUAUCAAGUACGAGAAUCUGAAAUCUUUUCAAAUGCUUUGUACAAAUAAUUAUAAUAAUGUUGACACUAACAACCUGAACUUUAUUAUUAAGUUUCUGGUUGUUUUUUCGUUGUUUUUGGACAUGUUUUUAAAUUAAUAUCUGGAAUUUUGUUUUUUUUGAUAGUAUUUUUGUCAGGAUGUGUGUUACACAGAUUUGUUCAGUGCGCCUUCUGCAGUCUUUGCUCUGGCUGUCACUAGAGGGUGCAUUACUCUCUAAUUGUGAGAUUAUUUCAAAGAAUAUUCUGGUUCAUUACAUUUAUAGUGCGACAAUUGGAUAAGUGUUUACAUAAAUAAUUAUCGUGGCUACUCAUUGAUUUUUUUUAUUUUCAAUGUCUUCUAAAAGCUGUUCUUCCAUUACUGUAUCAUUUUUACUUGAAUGUCUAAAAAUAAAAACAAAGAGUUGUCAUUCUCUGUUGUGGCUGUGAUGUGCCAGUUUAAGAUGGUAUGCAGUGUAUAUAUGCAAAGUGAAAACUAAUUUAUAUGGGUUUUAUAAAUUCUAAUAUAAUUAACUUAUAAAUGUAAGAAUAACAUUCAUGGUUACAGAAAAAAUAUCCCUCCAUUUUAAGAUUAUUUAUCCAGUGCAAGACGAACAAUUUUGAGUCGUUUUGUCACAAAAUGGUGUUUUUUAGACAGGAUUAAUUUAAUGUGUUUCAUAUUUUAUGGUUGUAGGCUGCUACAGAAAAUGUUGACACUCAAGACAUAAUUUUAACCAGGGAUAAUUAGUUAAAAAGGGUUUCACAUCUAGUGUCCAACCAUGAUCUAUCUAUAUAUUAUGCUUUAUCAUUUAUUCCAAAAAAACAAAAAAUCUUUAAAAAACCAAAUCAUAACAAGGAUCAAAGGCGGUGAGUGAUUGUGGUGUUUAUCAUACUUUGAUUACUUGCAUUGUACUGGAAGACUUGUACAUCAUACCAGACGGAUAUGGAGCAAAGAAUGAUUUGUAAUACAAUUGAGAACAGCCAUUUAUUAGUGUGUCAGUAGUACUGUAUGUAGCGUCUAUUUGAAACUUACAAGCAGUGUUACUCAAUUAUAAGAAGUUUGUUUGCAGGGAUGACAUAAUUUAAUGCACAAAUAUUAUAGAUAUGUUUUUUUGUGACAAAACAAUGCUUUUAUGAAAUUAAUUCUUAUUUUUAUGAAUCCUGAUAAAAAAUAUGCAGUUUGUGUGAAUGUGCAUGCACUUUUUAAACAAGUUACUUUGAAAUGCUUCGAAAUUGAGUGUUUUGUGAAUGUCUUAUUUUAUUUAUUUAUUGCUGUGAGCUGUUUUAUAACUUUCGGGUCAAAAAUCUUUGGGGGUGGACGAGUGUAGUAGUUAUUAUAGGGGGGAUGUUAUUUUGCUAAUUUUUUAAUGCAAACUUUUUGUCAUGUACUUCCAAAUUGUUAUUCAUUCGCUUCAUUCCCCUAUCAACAGAAAACUAUCGUGAAAUGUACAAACCAGAGUUGUGAGUUCAUAUAUAUAUAGUUAUACAAGUAUGGGUCUACGAAGGUUAUUUGUGUAUAUAUUUUGGGACAAUUUUUAAAUCAUAAUGGUAAUCAGUCUGAAGAUAAAAAUGUAAUUUUUACAUGUUCACAAAAAUUGAAAAUAAAAUGAGCAUUUGUAAUAUAAAA